CGUCCCCCAAUGGGGACGGAGGAGGAGGGCGGAAUUGCCCGUCAUGCCGCGCGCCGGGCCCAUCACUUCCCGCCCAGGGGCUAAGAUGGCGACUCCCAUGCACCGACUCAUCGCUCGGCGGCAGGCGGAGGCAAAUAAGCAGCAUGUGAGAUGUCAGAAAUGUUUGGAAUUUGGCCAUUGGACCUAUGAAUGUACAGGAAAAAGAAAAUAUUUGCAUAGACCAUCACGGACAGCACAAUUAGCGAAAACUCUCAAAGAAAAAGAACAUCGACUGUUACUGCAGCAAAGCACUGGAGAAAGUACUGCAGAAAGGAAGAACAAGAAAAAAAGGUCUAAGAGUGUGACUAGCUCCAGCAGCAGUAGCAGCAUCAGUUCAGCUAGUGAGUCUUCAUCAGAGAGUGAAGAUUCCUCUACUACUUCUUCGUCCGAUGAUAGUGACAGUGAUGAAAGCUCUUCCACUUCCUCAUCCUCUCCAUCUUCAAGUAGUUCUUCUUCUUCCUCAGACUUCGAGUCAGAUUCUAGUUCCUCCAGUAGCAGCAGCACCAGCACAGACAGUAGCUCUGAGGAUGAACCACCGAAGAAGAAAAAGAAGAAAUAGUGUGGUACAAUUUAGGACUGUUGUUAUGAAUGAUGACAAUGUCAUUUUCCAAGGAGGUUUUGAAUACGUUAUUGCCAAACAGUUCAACUGGUCAAUAUUUCUACAGUUAAAAAAAACUUUCUAAGUGUUUUACAAAUUAGAUCGUAGGACCUAAAGUUAGUAAAUGGCAAGUGAGACUUACUGAAAGAGUAUUUUUGUGGUCAAUCCUUUCACAGGAAAUUUUACUUUUUUAGUUUAAGAAUCUAUCAUCAGAUCUGAUUAUAUGAACUCUAAGGCCCAGUAACCCUUGUUUACAUGCUGGAAAGCAAAAGCUUGUUUCAGAUCAUGCUGUGCACUUCAUAUACCAACUCUGCAUUUACAGCAGCUUAAUUUAUGUUUUGGGAAAUCUUAUAAACUAGCUGGGGGAGGAAGCAGAAUGACAGUUUCUAACCUCAUUGGCCACAAAGUGCUAGAAUAUCUCAGAACUGAAUGCGGCAUUGCACAGAAGGUGACUUCCACCCCCUUUUUAACGAGUAUAUUAUACUUUGCUGCUGAGCUUUUCUCAGACGGCUUUUCCUGAUGUUUCAGAUCAGAUAUUAAUUGCAACAUAUAAAAUUUUUAUUACAGCUAAUUUGUUGGAGAUAAAUUUGCUGUUUGUACUGUACAAAGGCUUUAGUGUUUUCAACUUGGCCUGUUUCUGAGCUCAUGGAACAGUAACAUUCUCGGAGACAAAGAAUGUCUCUUGCACCAGCAGCAUCUGAAUAAGACAGGGUAUGGGGGGAGGACAAUAACUGUUGCUGCUUAGGAGACUCAUCCUUGUGCCUUUCUUAUGAAUUAAAUGUAUGCUAAUGAGAGGAGCUAGUGUGGGUUUUUUCAUGACUCGCGCAGCCAUCUACACAAAAAUAUCGGUCAAGGAACCUAGCAAAAUGAUAGUAACAUAAAUGAGGCACUAUUUUCAAGGAGAGAGAAGAAGGUUAUUUUCAUUGGAGUUUGGUAAAUAAGUCACCUUUAAAUAUAGCUCCCAAAAGGAAAAUGUUUCCCUUUUACUAUUUUUGCAAAAAACUGUUGUGUAGUGUAAGAUUGCCAAUUUGUGUUGUUGGGCACAUGAUGACUGGCAGUAUAGUCUGCAGUAUAAAAUGAUUGCUUGGAUCUGUCCAUUAUUUUUAAAUAAAAGUGUGUAUGUAUCUGUAUUUAAAAAAAAAAAAAAACUAGCAUGGAAGGUACAAGUUAGGCAAAAAAAAAUACUGCAGGAUAUUUCUUGCUAGUUGUUAAAUGGAACUAAUUUGCUAUUGUGGUAAACUAAGCAGUUGGCAUUAGUCAUUUAACUUGUGAUGCGGUCUCCUUUUAAAUUUCUUAUUGACAGAGUUCCCUUUUUUUGGGAGGGGGCCCUCAUAUGUGAAAAAAUGGUUUGGGUAAAAUAUAGUAAUUAAACUAUUUUUUAUAUUUUUAUGGAAAAGGUAGUGUGUAGAAUUUACUUUGGAAUAAAAUGUGCUUCUAUUUAAAUGUUUGAAAAUAUGUUGUGUGUUUUAGUCUGUAAUCAUUUAUGUUUUACAGAACUGGCUGCAGACUGUAAAUAAAACUACCAGGAAGUUGUUUGAGUCAUCCUAGAGAAUGUAUCAUUUAAAUGGAAAAUUUAAUAAAUUAUUAAAAACUA